CGCUCCCCGAAUCCAAUACUCUAAACUGUCGAUAGUGGUGUAUAUGUAUACGCAUUUAAGUUGCAGAAAAUCCUUGCCCUAGGUAGUAAGUAGUGUGUGUGGUGUAGUGUAGUGUCGUGUAUGGAAAACCGAGUUGGAGUCCGAGUCGGAGUUCUUUCUGUCUUUCUCCUUCAAGCCAACUUCUCAAAUCCUGAGUAUUUUUUUUUGGAUGGGGGCUGGCUGACUGACUCCGAGUUGGCUCCUUUUUCCGGUGGUUCGUGGUGUUUGGUUAGUGUUGGUAUUGGUGUAUUGAACAAGAAAGGUUUAUUUGUGUUGUUGGGGAUUCUUUGUUGAGGGCGCGUUUCAUUUGGGGGUGGUAUAUUGUUCU